GGAAAAGUGGUGAGGUCAUGAUACGGAGCGUCUUUCCCAUGCUCCACCCACGCUGCAGUCCGGCCGAUUCGCAUGUUGGGGAAGGCGAUUGAUUGAUUGCUCAACGCGGUGAGAGGCCGUCUUCUUGAAGAAGCCAUAAGGUGCGUACGGGCAGAUCAUCUCAAUAGGCAAGGCAAGGAAAACAGGAAAAGGAAUCUGCCGCAAGGCUCUCGUCUCUCUGGAUGGCACGGACAGCCUCGUCGCUAUGGCGGACCUUGAAGGCCUAUCAGAUCUAUGGCGCCAAUACAGACGUGGGCAAGACAGUAAUGUCUACCAUUCUCUGCAAAGCAUUCGAACGAAGUGAUCCCGCCCAGAAUGUAUGGUAUCUGAAGCCCGUCUCAACGGGACCCCUGUCAGAAGCCGACGACAGACAUAUCUCCCGCUUUACUUCUCAGAUCAAGUCGCACUGUCUUUUCCAGUUUGAUGAGCCCGUCAGCCCUCAUAUAGCUGCGAGAACCCGGCCUCCCCUAUCCGAUUCAGAGAUCCUCGACGGUGUCCUCAAACACCUGACAGAAUGUUCCCAGGCAGGGCCCGGCGUUGCGCUGGUAGAAACAGCAGGAGGGGUGCAUUCCCCAACUCCAAGCGGGAGCUCUCAAGCAGAUCUCUACCGACCGCUUCGCCUCCCUAUUUGCUUAGUGACAGACCAUCGACUUGGAGGGAUUUCAGCUUCUAUAUCAGCAUUUGAGUCGCUUCAUGUUAGAGGCUAUGAUUUAGAUGCCGUGUUGCAAUUCCAGGAUGAUCACUACCAAAACUAUUCGUACCUCCGGUCAUAUUUCGAGAAGAAGGGUAUCCCAACGGUCUCAAUCCCCCAACCACCGAAACGUGAGUUGAACGAGGAAGAGGAUAUCGAAGUCAUGACCGAGUACUACGACAAAAUGGCCAAAAAUGAAGGCAUAGGAGAGCUGUUAUCUGAGUUAUCGAAGAGACAUCAAACCCGGAUUCAAAGACUCGAGGAAAUGGCAAGCAGGGCGUACAGCCAAAUCUGGUAUCCCUUUACUCAGCACCGAGAUGUGUCUGAAGACACUAUUCUCACCAUCGACUCAGCCUCAGGAGAUUUCUUCCAAGCCACCGACUCUACCGUAACCAAGGACAAAAACGAACUGGCGCUCUUGAGCCCAACGUUUGACGGAUCAGCAUCUUGGUGGACGCAAGGACUGGGCCAUGGAAACCCCGAACUCUCUCUUGCCGCCGCAUACGCCGCAGGUCGAUAUGGACAUGUGAUGUUUGCCGGCACGAUCCACGAGCCUGCACUCACCCUGGCCGAGAAGCUGCUCAAGAACCUCAAGAACCCGCGGUUGGGCAAGGUCUUCUACUCGGAUAACGGAAGCACGGGCAUGGAAGUCGCAACGAAAAUGGCGCUCACCGCUUCUCUCGAGAGAUAUAAGUGGGACGUCCCGAAAAGCGAUGUCGGUAUACUGGGUCUCAAGGGCAGCUACCAUGGCGAUACAAUCGGUGCGAUGGAUUGCUCGGAGCCUUCGACGUAUAAUGAGAAGGUCCAUUGGUACCAAGGUCGAGGCUACUGGUUUGAUUUCCCACAGGUGAAAAUGAAGGAUGGAAGCUGGGUCGUCGAACCGCCUGCUGGAAUGGAGGACAUCUUUGGAGAGACGCAUGUCUAUCCCUCCUUGGGUGACGUCUUCGAUAUCAAGAGCCGGUAUGACUCUGUAGCGGGACAAAAGUAUCGGAAGUAUAUCGAGGAAACACUGCACAGACUAGUCAAGAAAGAAGGGAAAACUUUCGGAGGUCUUAUCAUGGAGCCUGUAAUCUUGGGAGCAGCCGGGAUGCUCUUCGCCGAUCCACUCUUCCAACACUGCCUUGUUCAAGUUGUCCGUCAGAGCUCACACAUCUUUGGCCCAUCCGACGUUAACUCGGCCGACAUCAACACAUGGACGGGCUUACCCGUAAUCUUCGACGAAGUGUUCACCGGACUCUACCGUCUGGGCCGCUUCAGCUCAGCCUCCUUCCUCCAGGUCCACCCCGACAUCUCGGUGCACGCGAAGCUCCUCACCGGCGGUCUAGUUCCUCUCUGCACCACUCUCGCCAGUGAUAGCAUCUACGACGCUUUCAUCGGCUCAGAGAAGAGAGACGCCUUGCUGCACGGCCAUAGUUAUACCGCUCACGCAGUCGGCUGUCACGUGGCCAACACAUCACUGAACACGCUGCUAGAAAUGGACCGCAGUGGGCAAUGGCAGGUAUACAAGGAAGAUUGGGCAGACGCCGCCGCCGCUCCUUCUUCUUCUUCUUCUGCCCCCUCUACAGCAUCCUCAGAAACCGGAUUAGAAGUCUGGAGCUCCUGGUCCAAGAGCUUCAUCCAACAGAUCUCCAAGAGUCGAGAUGUCGAAAGCGUGUUCGCUUUGGGCUCGGUCCUGGCCAUUAAUCUGCAUGAUAAUGAAAGAGCUGGCUACAAUUCUUCGGCGGCUGCGGGUCUGCAGAAGAAGCUGUUGGAAGCUCCCACGGAGUUGAAGUUCCACUCGCGCGGUCUGGGGAACGUCUUCUAUCUGAUGGCGAGUCAAACCUCAACUAGGGAAACUCUACAAAGUAUUGAACGUCUCUUGCUGGAUGUACUCUCAUAGUAGUAGUCUUUUAAAAAAUAGGCUAUUGAAUUUCAAGGACCACAGUACACAGUUAAAACGUGAGGGUAUCCAUUCCCAAAAUUUCUGAAUUGACACUUCUCUUUGGCUCGACGUGCGUAAUCUCACUACACCUUCCCAUCCUCAACGCGACCAACGCUCGAUCAGUUGCUCUCGAUGCACAUUCCGCUCCUGCAAUUUCUGCAGAUUCACCGCCUCCAACUUCUGCUGCAAAUCCUGAAGAUCCUCCUCCAGACCCGUGAUUGACGACUGGAUUUCCGAAUCCAGAAGCUGUACAUUGUUAUAGGGGGAGUCGGCAAGAAGCGAGUCCCGAAGUAAGUGCAGCGUGACAUGAGCAUCGAGUAGGUGAGAUGAAAUCGACGAUUCCGUCGUGGACUGGAGAGUACUCGCGUGUCCCUCUAACUUGCUCGCUCGAUCAAGCAAGGCUCGUUCAAGUGCCUCG